CCGUCCCUCCUCCCUCCCUCUCUCUCUCCUUCAAAAUGGACCAUACCGAUUGGCUGUCGUCAUGGCGGCGGCCGCUGGUGCUGCUCGUGCUCAUGUCCUGUUUCUUGAGGGCGUCGGCCUCAAACCCGACCACGCCCUUCCCCAAAGAUCUGGAGCCAAUCAGCACGGUCACCUGGGAGCAGUCCUACCAGUACCCGGGCUUCCAGGGCUUACUCCAGGACAACGACACCCUCAGACUGGGCCUGGACUUCCAGAGGAUGUUACGAAUCAACCACAUGCUGUACAUCGCCGCCAGGGAUCACGUUUUCGCUGUGAAUCUGACGACGGCUGUGGACGACUUCGUGCCUCGGCUGAACCUGACGUGGAGAUCCAAGGACGUCAGUAAAUGUACGGUUCGAGGCAAGAACAGCGACGAGUGCUACAACUACGUCAAAGUGUUGGUUCCUCGAAACGACGAAACGUUGUUUGCUUGCGGAACGAACGCCUUCAACCCGACCUGCAGAAACUACAAGAUGACCACGCUGGAACAGGUCGGGGAGGAGGUGGUGGGUCAGGCCCGGUGUCCCUUUGAGUCCGGUCAGUCCAACGUUGGCCUGUUUGCCGGAGGAGACUUCUACUCCGCCACCAUGACCGACUUCUUGGCCAGCGACGCCGUCAUCUACAGGAGUCUGGGCGAAGGUCGGCCCGUUCUGAGGACCGUCAAAUACGACUCCAAGUGGCUCCGAGAACCUCACUUCCUUCACGCCAUCGAUUAUGGAAACUACGUCUACUUCUUCCUCAGUGAGAUCGCGGUGGAGUACACGGCUCUGGGAAAGGUGGUGUUUUCUCGAGUGGCUCGGGUCUGUAAGAACGAUAACGGCGGUUCUCCUCGAGUCCUGGACAGAUACUGGACCUCCUUCCUAAAGGCUCGGUUAAACUGUUCAGUUCCUGGAGACUCCUUCUUCUACUUUGACGUCCUCCAGUCUCUCACUAACGUCCUGCAGAUCAACCAGAGGCCGGCGGUGGUGGGCGUGUUCACCACACAGGCCAACAGUAUUCCCGGGUCGGCCGUUUGUGCGUUUUACAUGGACGACAUCGAAAAAGUCUUUAACGGGAAGUUUAAGGAGCAGCGGACCAGCGACUCGUCCUGGACUCCGGUUCCAGACGAGCAGGUUCCCAGACCCAGACCCGGGACGUGCGCAGGCGACGGUCCGGCUGCAGACUACAAGUCCUCGGUCCAGUUUCCAGACGAGAUGCUGACGUUCAUUAAGUCGUACCCGCUGAUGGACGAGGCCGUUCAGUCGGUUAACGACCGGCCCUGUUUCACCAGGACGUCCAGCAGGUCCAAGUUGACCCAGAUCGUGGUGGACGUCUCGGCCGGUCCCUACAAAGACCGGACUGUGAUGUUCCUGGGCUCGGAUGACGGCAGAGUCCUGAAGGUUUUGGCGAACACGCAUCCCAACGACAGCUUCGGAACCAAACUGCUGGAGGAGAUCGACGUCUACAACCCGUCCAAGUGUAACGUUCAGGGUCAGGAGGACAGGAGGGUUCUGGGCCUGGAGCUGGAUAAAGACCAUCACGCUUUGUUCGUGGCCUUCAGCAGCUGUGUGAUCCGAGUGCCGCUGAGCCGCUGCGCCCAACACGGAGCCUGUAAAAAGGCUUGCCUGUCCUCUCGUGACCCAUACUGCAUCUGGCUACGGACCGGGACUUGUGCCAACAUGGCGCCAGGUUUCAAACUCACAGGGAAACAAUAACUUCCACAGCGGCUGCCGUCCUCCCCAGACAGAAGUGGCAUUUUUAUUACAAACAACAGAGCAUCGCAGACGGAGCUGAGAGGAGAAACUGCGAGAAGAUUAAAAUGGACAGGAUGAGCCGGUAGAGAUGAAAAGAGAUGAGGAAGGAGAGCGAGGAGAGCGAAGAUGUGAUGCAAGAGCUGGAAAGGAAAGACGAAGCCGAGCGAAGAUGAGAGAUGGCGAAUUAAAGGGAAACACUCGGAGAGAGAUAUCUGUGUCACAUGGUUCAAGUAAGACCAAGUAAAACAAGUGGGAAGAUAAAGAAAGUCAGUUUAUUCUCCUGGAGAAGAGCUUCCGAUGCUGUUUCUGCCUCCGUCGCUGAU